AGGUUAGGAACAGGAACUAACUUAAACUUAGGAAGAUUUGAAAACCAAACCCAAUCUCAGCUCAAAUCUCAAAAUGAAAAUUUUAGGUUUGCUGAAAUUCUCCAAGACCUGGAACUAUUUCAAUACAUUCAGCAAAUACAGCCCCACAAAUACACUUUUUGUCAAAAGGAAUUAUUGCAAUACAGCUCUAAAUGUGAACACCAAUGUAAUUAAGGACGUUAUUUUAUUCAAGUAUGAUAGUCCCAAAUUCUUUAGAUACCUGAAUAUUUUUGCAAUCUGUCAAUUCGGGUUUUGGUCAUACCUAUCAUUGCUAUCAUUCCAAACUUUGAGGGAUGCCCCAGUUGAUCCAACAAAAGCAACACAUUGGUGGGAAAAGAUAAAUCUCGGUGAGAACAAAUACAGGAAUGGUAUCACUAUAAUUUCUUUUCUUGUUGGUUUUGGCAUACUUUCAAUUUCAUGGAUGUAUUCCCUGAGAUCAGUAAAAUAUCUCAUUUUACGUAAAGGAGGACAACAAGUUACAAUAGUCACAUACACACCUACAGCUACAAAUCGAAUGUUCACUGUAGAUCUAGGAAACCUGAGUUGUAAAGAUUCAAGAAAGGUAUCACAGUCUCAUCUUGCUAUCAAGGUAAAAGGACAUUAUUUGCAUUACCUUCUUGACAUGAAAGGUGAAUUUAGGAAUCCUAAAUUAUUUGACCACACUGCUGGAAUUUACAGAAAAUGGAAAACAUAAUAAGCAGGUACUAUAUUAUAGGAAAACUUUCAUCAGGUUUUGGGCUAAUUAGAUAUUCAAACCAUAAGAUGUCAAAUGUGCUGGUAAAAAUAAACAGUUCAAUGAGUACAAUUUAAUGUGUCCAAUUUGUGUAGGACCAAACACAUGAUUUUGAAAACAAUAGUUUUUUGAAGAAAUGUUUUUUGUUUUUAUUUUCUACCAAAAUUUGAAUCAUUUAUUCUGAGCCUCUGUGACCAUCUUCUUUCCAUAGUUGAGCAUUCUUGUUUGAUUUUUUUGUGAAGUAAACUAUCUUGCAAUGUUUUAUUGAAUGUACCUGAACUACAUUUUUUUCUUAUCUGGAUUUCAAUGUCUUCUGAAAGACUUUUUAAAAAAAUUUAGUACUUUUCAAUUAUAAAUUAGUGAAUAAACUUACGAUUGG